AACAUAAGAGUCAAGAACAUAUGAUUCAAGUGGAUCACGCAAUGAACUCUUUUUAUUCUGAUAUUCUUGAAAAUUCCUCGCCGACUUUGGUAACAAAUGUAAAUGGACGUAUUCUCUAUGUCAAUAGACCAGCUUUAUGUUUAUUGGAGAGAUAUCGUCCUUUCAAGAAACAAAAUUCAAAUAAUGUUAAUGAUAAUCCAGACCCAAAUACUUUUAAAGGUAGACAUUAUACAUCAAUACUUGAACCUCUAGAUUUGUACGAAGAUACAUCAUUGCGUAAUCAUUUAAUGAACAAUGUACAGAUAUUAAGUAAACGUACUUAUGUUUGUCGGACAAUUAAAUGUCGAACAUUUUUAAGCAAAAGGCCUAUUAUGCUCGAGCUUUCAACGCGUACAUGUAUGUUGCCCGGAUUUUCUAAUACAGAUAAAUAUGGCAUGGAAGAAAAAAAAAUUACGAUACACCCUUCACCAACCGAGAAUGAUAAAGGAUAUUCAAGAAAUUCUUCGAAUACAAAAAAUUCUAUUCUUGAGCGAUCCGGCAUCAAUUGUCAAAAAGUGGACGACAAUAAUAAAUUAUAUCAAGAGGAUUUAUUAAAUAAAACGAACUUGACGGAUAGUCGAGUUGUUGAUUCGGUCCUUGUACCUGAAAGCGUAAAAAAUAUGAUAUUAAUUAGUACAAUUCGAGAUGUAACUGAUUCAAAAUUCCAGGAAUUUGUACUAAAUGUAGCUGAUAAUCGUAUAUCAAUCACAUAUGAUGUAACCGGAAUUAUCACAGAGAUUUCUAGAUCUUGUAAAUCGAUAUUUGGUUUCGAAACAGAUGAAUUGCUUGGAACUGACGGUUAUUCCUAUAUUCAUCCUGAUGAUACAACUGAUGUUCGAACAUAUCAUACUAAAUGUACUGUCGAGAAUUAUAAUACUAAUUUACAAAGGCAGACUUUUCGUCAUCGAAAAAAAGAUGGAAGUUAUUGUUUAUUGGAGAUAUGGUCUCAAGGUUUUCAACCCGAUGGAUCUUUGUCAUUUAUAGGAUUCGAUAUUACAGAUGCUUCUGAUCAUCUGGUGGAUAAUCGUACUUUAAUUCGUAAUUUAUUGCCAAAAGAUGUCGAAGGAGAGUCUUAUGAAAAAGAAGCAAAUAAUUUUGUCUCCUUCAUUUGCCAUGAACUUCGCAAUCCAUUGAAUGGGAUAAUUGGCUUUACAACUUUAAUACUGGACACUGAACUCUCAAGAAUACAGCGCGAAUAUGCCGAAGCUAUUUCAACAAUAAGCAGUUAUAUGUGUAACAUCAUUAACCAAUCACUUGAUUUAUGUCAAACACAAUCUCAUGGUACAACUUCUUCAGAUAUUGGACCUUUGAGAUUGAAUGAGGUAAUCGAUUUUGGUUUCUUAACUGUCACUGCAUUGGCAAAAACAAAGGAGAUUGAUCUUAAAUUAGUAGAUCAUUUACCUUUGCCAACAGCUGGUCAAAAAAAUCAAAUAAAUAAUGGUGCUACGGGCAUUGAAAAUUUAUCUCAUGUAAAAAAAAUAGAGAACAAAUGGUAUGGAGACGAAGAUACUGUGCGUAAAAUUUUAUUGAAUUAUUUAACGAAUGCAAUUAAACACACCGGCGGAGAAGUGAUAGUAUAUCUUGAAGUCGCAUCUGAUAAAUUACCGGAUGGAAAGGAAGGAUUUAUGGCCAGAUGUUCAGUUGAAGACAAUGGUCCCGGAAUUCCGCAAAAAGACCUUAAACGACUUUUCUUACCCUAUUCAAAGCUAGUUUCAUCAUUUGGUGAAAUGAAAAAUCUCAAUCAAGGGAAUAUUGAUGGUUCGAAGUCACCUAACCAUCAGCAGUCACAUAGGUGUUCUGGUUUAGGUUUGAGUAUUUGUAAAGAAUUGGCUGAUAAAAUGGGUGGUAAAGUUGGAGUGGAAAGCGUAUUGGGAAAAGGUAGCACUUUUUGGUUUACAUUUCCUGUGUAUACCGGCGUGCCUGAAGUUGUUGAAGACGAUUCCGAUACCGGAGCUUCUUUUAGUGAAGAAACGGGUAGCGGAAAUGAAGGUUCAGAUAAGGGGAUCUUUAUAGGAGAUGCAUUGUGGAAAAAAGCACACUCGUUUCAGGAUGAAUCUAAAGACGAUGUUUCUGAAUAUGGCCAAGAAAAUUUAUCAAAAAGACAUUGGAUUCCUUUUGACAAUGUAAUUUCAAUAAAUUCUCCAUCUUCGAUAUCAUCUGCACGAAAUUCAAUAUAUUCUUCAACUUCUGCGAAUUAUUCAAAUUCACGUCCAAGUUCUACUUCAACUAACGCGAGUGAAAGAAUAAAUUUUGGUAGUCAACGUAAGCAUAAGAAACCAACAAAGGUUCUUAUGGUUGAGGAUAAUGAAAUCAAUCAACAAGUUGCGAUAAAAUAUUUGGAAAAAAUGGGUGAAGAAGUCACCGUAGCUGCAAAUGGUAUAGAAGCAUUAGAGAAAAUGAAAUACGAGAAUUUUGAUAUUCUUUUUGUAGAUCUACAGAUGCCUAUUAUGGAUGGUUAUGCAUUAACUCGCCAGAUUAGAGAAGCUGAACGUGAAGCGUGUCAAUGUGAAUCACAAGAUUAUGAAUUUCAAAGCAUAUCAUCACACGACGCUUCCACACCUCCACUUACUCCGCCAGGAUCAUCAUCAGUAUCAAAAUCUUCUUUCCAUAUAAACACACAAAUAUCAAACGAGUCCUCAUCUUGUUCGCAUUCUAAUUUACAUGCAAAAUCAAGAAAACCCCAUUGUCUCGUUUCAUCGUCUCUUAAACACCGAUAUCAUAAACAUAUACCUAUUGUAGCGUGUACCGGUAACGUGUUAGGAAAAGAAAAGGAUAGGUGCAUACAACAUGGUAUGGAUAGGUUUUUAAGUAAACCAUAUCGAAUUGAAGAAAUGAGAUCGUGCAUAGAAGAUUUAGUAGAAAGUGAUGAUGAAGCGUCAGCUGAUGACGGAGAUUUUAUUAAUCAUAAAAAUGAAAGUAAUGGUGGAAGUUAUAAUUUUAAGUUACAAAUUAACCAUAAUGAUCGUGGUUAUGAAAAAAGCAAUGGACAAUUGUCUAUGGCACUUAUAUAG